UUGCAACUUCCGCAACCCAAGCCAAUUCCAGAUAGAAAAGCCCUCUUCUGAAGCGUCUAGGGUUCCGAUUUCCAUGGCGAAGAAGAGGAAAUCUGACGCUACGCGCCUCGACGAAGUUGAUCGCACCAUGUAUACCUCCUUCUGCAGUGCUGCCAACUCGCUUUCGCAGCUCUACACGCAGGCCAUGAACCAGCAACGCUUGUCUUUCCAAGCCGGUGAGCGUCACGCGCUGGAGAAACUUUAUCAAUGGGUUUUGAGACAACAGGAAGAGGGAUCAAGAGUGACAACCGUAGAUAUUGUUGCAUACCUGCAGAAUGAGCUCGAGUACGGUGUGGAGGAUGCGCCAGUGUCCCCCCGGCUGCCGCUCCAGCACCAACACACCCAGACCACAAUGCACAUGACCAACUCAGGCGCCCCAGUUUCUUCCAACUCGUUUGGGCAUCCUUCUGCGGUUGGGAUGGGACUUCGUUUUGGGAACAUCGAUCAGCAACCCAAGAACAACGUAUUCUCAAAUGCUCUCUCAAGCCCUGUUCGUCGCAGCCUACAGAACUAUCACUUGGCACAGGGCAGCUACUAUUCAAACAAUGUCAUGCCAUCCGGAAAUGGACCCAGAAACAGCGAGACCCAAACCAGGGAUUCGAACCCCCCAAGCUCCAACGACUCAUCCAUGGACAUGCAUGCAGAUAGCCCAGGUCAUGAAUCUUCUUACUGAAAAUUCUGCAGUAAACCCAUCUUCAAACUGACUGCAGUUUCCGAUGGAAAAGGAGCAAGAAUCUUGAAAAAAAAAAAGGAUUGCUUACAAGAACCCAGAAAAAAGCAAGGUGUGUGCCUAGAAUUGGUGUAUUGCAAAAAGAAAUAUGUCUGAAGGAGAGGGAAGAGAUUAAGUUGAGAGGGCUCUCCCAUAUAUUUUCUCUUUUUUGGGUUGUCUAUACAUAUAAAAGAUGCAAGGUGUGUUGUUUGAGUGGAUCUGUGAACCUUUCUGUUAUUGUAGUUGAUGAUUUUUAUUUUUAUUUUUAUUGUUUGCUUUUUAUA